AUGGCGCCGCAGGAAGAGGCGCGUGGCGGUGCCCCUGCUGCUGCUGCUGCUGCUGCAGCACCAGAAGCAGCAGCAGUGAAAUCCGAAGCAGCAGCAGCAGCAACAGCCGCCAAAACUGAAGCAGCAGCAGCCAAAACGGAAGCAGCAGCAGCCACAACUGAAGCAGCUGCUGCAGCAAAGAGCGAGGCUCCAGCAGCAGCAGAACCCGCAGAGGCAGCAGCAGCAGCAGCAAAGGCAGCAGAAGCAACAGCGUGUAAGACGGAAGCAGCAGCAGCAGAAGAUAAGACAGCAGCAGCAGCAGCAGCAGCAAAGACAGAGUCAGGGGACACAGCUGCAGCAGCAGGGGAAGAUGCCAAGCCAGAUCUCUCCUCAAGCAGCUGCAGCAGCAGCAGCAGCAGCAGCAGCAGCAGCAGCCCCGGGACGUGUGCUAGCUCUGCUGCAGAGCCAGAGAAAGCAGCAGAAUCUCCAGCAGCAGCAGCAGAAGAUAAGACAGCAGCAGCAGCAGCAGCAGCAGCAGCAGAUGCUCCAAAGGGCUCCAUAAACUACGCGGAGCAGUACAUGAAGGCCAUGGGCCUCAGCAGCAGCAGCAGCAGCAGCAGCUGCUGCCGCGGCUUCGACUUGGCAGCAGCAGCAACAGCAAAAGACCUGCCCCCCGACGACAGCAAAGAAGGAGAAACUUCGGGUUUUAAAUUUCCUUCUUAUGAAGAGUUUUUGAAAGAAGAACAAGAAGAAGAAGAGAAGCAAAACGCCAGCAGCAGCAGCAGCAGCAGCAGCAGCAGCAGCAGCAGCAGCAGCAGCAGCAGCGAGUCCAACGAGCGCCUGGACGACGCUUUCGCUGCUUUCAUGACGGAGCUGGAAAGAAUCCCCUCCUCAAACCCCAAAGGCAGGGCUUAG